AUGGCCAUGGCCCUCUUCCACAAGAAGCCGACUUCCGCGGGCUCUGGAACUGCCAAUGCCAAAUCCGAGACCACCACAGUCGUGCCCAGCCAAAACGUGUCAAACACCAACCUCGAAAAGCAUCCUCGAUUAGAAGCGAAUGCUGCAGACAUAAACUCCCAUCCGCAGACACAGGUGACGCAGACGAAGACGGGUCCCGACACUGCAACUCAAAUAUCGAGCAGAGAUUCUUCUGAGGUGGAAAUCCAAAGCACGGAGAAGCAUGCGGAUGGCGUCGCUCCUUCACCUGAAGACGACGAGGCUGUGUAUCCAAGUGGCCUGAAAUUGGCCCUCAUCACCCUCGCCCUCUGUCUGUCCGUCUUCCUGGUCGCUCUCGACAACACCAUCAUUGCCACGGCCAUUCCGAAAAUCACUGAUCACUUCAAGUCUCUCGGUGAUGUAGGGUGGUAUGCCUCGUCCUAUCUGCUCACCACCUGCGCGUUGCAAUUGUUUUUUGGAAAAUUGUACACAUUUUUCCCCAUCAAGCAGGUGUACUUGGUUUCCAUCGUCAUUUUUGAAGUGGGCUCUGCCGUCUGUGGUGCCGCGCCCUCUUCCAAUGCCCUCAUCGUCGGCCGUGCCAUUGCGGGUGUCGGGUCUGCCGGCAUUUUCUCCGGUGCCUUGAUCAUCAUCGCGUACACCGUACCUCUGGUGAAGCGACCAAUCUACACAGGUAUCAUCGGGGCAAUGUAUGGCAUCGCCUCAAUCGCUGGGCCCUUGCUUGGUGGCGCCUUCACCGAUGGGCCUGGCUGGCGUUGGUGCUUCUACAUCAAUCUUCCUCUCGGUGCCGUCACCUUGGUCGUCAUUGUCUUCUACUUCCACUCGCCCCCGAGAAAGGCCGAGAAAAAAGUUUCCUUGAAGGAGAGGGCCUACCAACUCGACCUGGGCGGGACGGCGCUUUUUAUCGUCGACAUUGUCGUCUGUCUUCUGGCUCUUCAAUGGGGCGGAUCUACCUAUCCCUGGUCCAACUGGCGCAUUAUCCUUUGCCUCACGCUCUUUGGCAUUCUGACCGUCAUCUUUAUCAUUGUCCAAUACUUCAUGAAAGACUUCGCCACCAUCCCUUUCCGCAUCAUUUCUCAGCGCAGUAUCGCCGCCGCAUGCUGGUUCGCUUUUGCGUUGGGCUCCGCCUUCUUCGUUCUCGUCUACUGGAUUCCCAUCUGGUUCCAGGCCAUCAAGGGCGCCUCGGCAUUCAAGUCUGGAAUCAUGUGUCUGCCCAUGGUUCUCUCGCUGGUCAUUGCAAACAUCUUCAGUGGAGUGGGUACCACCGCCAUUGGAUACUACACGCCGUUCUACUAUGGAAGCGUCGUCUUAAUGUCCGUCGGAGCGGGUCUUCUGACGACCUUCCAAACAACCACCGAGCACGAAAAGUGGAUUGGAUAUCAAGUCAUUUACGGAUUUGGUGUUGGUCUUGGAAUGCAGCAGCCCUUGAUCACCGUGCAGGCCAUGCUUCCACUCAAGGAUGUCCCGACAGCUACCGCGCUGGUCAUGUUCAUGCAGACAUUUGGAGGCGCACUGUUCGUGUCGGUGGCUCAGAACAUCUUCAACAACCGCCUCAUGGACGAGCUCCCCAAGUACGCUCCGGGUCUGGAUCCCGGCAUCAUUCUUCACGUGGGCGCCACGUCCCUCAAGAAACAAGUCCCCGCGCAGUUUCUAGCGGGUGUCCAGAAAGCCUACAACAUUGCCCUCACAAACACAUGGUACAUCAGUGUGGCCAUGGCUUGCUUCACUGUCCUUAGCGCCAUCUUUGUCCAGUGGAAGUCUGUCAAGGGCAUGAAGCCCGGUGUCGUCGCUGCCUAG